CGUACCAGUUGUCCCGGUCGCUCUACAAUAUAAACUUAAGGCAAAGGUUCCGAAAUGUUACUGGACGGCACCAGCCUGACCCUGGCGGUCGGGGCCCUUGCGGUCAUCUUGCUGGUCUACCUUCUCUUUGGCCAGUAUCUCCACCGCUUCCCGCCCGGACCCAAGGGGCUACCAUUCCUCGGAUGCUGGCCUUGGAUGACGCAUGACUGGCACAAGGACUUCGAGAAACUGGGCAAAGGUUACGGGGAUCUAUUUACUGUCUGGCUUUUGAACACGCCAGUUUUGGUGUUCCAGGGUUGGAGAGCUUUCGACGAAGCCUUCAACAAGCAAGCUACCGUGUGGUGUAAUAGGCCAAUUUCGCACGGAUUUCUUGCACAAGAAGUCACUCCCAAGACACUCUUCAAGACACACUACACAGAGAAGUUCAAGUUCAGAAAGAAAUUCCUUAUGGCCAACGUCAAGCGGUUCAGCUUUGGCAACAAGGACAACACAGGCUUGAUACAGGACGAAGUGGAAGCCAUUAUCAUGCUUUUAAGGGGUAAGGAAUCAAAGCCGUUCUAUCUCCAAAAAGCCAUCCGAAUUCACGCAGCCAAUCCAAUACCUAUUCUCUUCUUCGGGAAGGCCUUUGACAAUGACGACGCGGAUUUCGAAGCUUGCUUGAAUAAUACGGGCAUAUGGUUCGAGAAAAUGGCCGAGGCGUGCGAGGCGGAUGUUCUGCCUUUGCUGCGGUUCCUGCCGCGCAAAUGCAUCACUGAUGGCAAAGAAGCAGGAAAGAAAGUGAUAGCAUUCUUCAAGAAAACGAUCGCAGCAUGCCGUGAACAGUACGACCCGAACGAUCUCCGAUGUUUUGUCGACCAGUGCUUCAAUGCCGGCGUUGACGAAGAAGAGAUUCUGAUUCACCUCCUGUCUUACUGGGGCGACGCAACCGACUCAGUACCAGGUGGUUUUCGACUGUGGGUGCAUCAAAUAGCUCACCAUCCUGACGUACAACAAAAGAUCCAGGCAGAGCUUGAUCGAGUGCUUGGUGAUCGCGUUGCCAGUUACUCUGACCGGUUAGACUUGCCCUACUUGGAGGCGAGUAUCUUGGAAGUCCUCCGGAUAUCCUCUCCUGUGCCUAUCUCGCUCCCGCAAGAGACGUUGCUGGACACCGAGAUAUUUGGUUACAAGAUCCCAGUCGGUACAAAGUACAUGAUCAAUUUCUGCAUGGCCCAAAACGACCCAAACGUUUGGACGAAGCCCAAGGAAUUCGACCCAGAGAGGUUUAUCACGGAAGAGGGGAAGUGUAACUACAAGCAUGAUGGGUGGUGUGCCUAUGGAAUAGGUCGCCGUAUGUGCCUCGGUGAGCCGCUCUCGAGGCAACUGAUGUUCAUCUUCGUGGCCAACCUAGCGCAGAGGUUCACAUUCAGUUUUCCAGAGGAGGACGUUCCACCCAAGGACCCCCUUCAAAUUGCUUGGUCCGGGGUGACCAAUAUGCCACGCGACUUCCAGAUCAUUGCUACCCCGAGAGACAAUUAGGUGCUCCUCUGCGUGGGCUGUGAUAUACACUCUAACCCGUAUGUGGUCCAGCUGCACUAUAGUAUGACGCAAUGCACAGUGAGUUCACAGUUACAAACAGUUGUUGGCUGUGUUUGAUGAAUGAUUUAAAGCCAUCUGUAUUCUUAAAUUUGUUUCGAUUUUUAGCAUAUUUUAUUCAUUAUUUCAAGCCGUUUGAGUGGCGCCUGUACAAAACAGACCGAUUAAAUAUUAUAAGCCAAUGUGUAACAGACACAGCUCAACCAGCUUAAUAGUGUCUAUCAUUGUAACGGUAAAAAGUCUUCAUCGCUGAUGUUCUAGCAUGUCUAAUGAGUUCGCCUCUCCACAGUCACGCUACAGUCUAACGGGUCUUGGAGGCUACACCUUACUUCCACAUCAAAGGUCAACCUCGGGUCCUCAUCGAGUCCGUACACGUACGGGGGCUCCGCUUGCAUGGCUUUCGAAUCAAAAUGAGCCUGGACCAUGCUCAGCAUAUUGUCGGAGAUCACCCCCGGGUAGGCCUCCUGGAAUUCCUUUAGGGAGUUCAUGACGUUUGAGAUACGGGACCUGAAAUUUGAUCGAAACCAUGCGUAAACCCUAAGUUUACCAAUGGAGGAAACUAAUGUAUUUAUAUGCCGGAUUAUCACUACAAGAUCAUGAUCAAUGAGGCUUGUGAAAAAUGUAGUGCCAGAUUUGUGCGAACAACCAAUAUCGUUAAAUAAACAUAAACGAGGAAGUGAACCAUGAAGUACAGGCACAGCAUAUAAGUGCAUCAUGUAUUUUUCAUGCUGUGUACAUCUAUGGUCAUGGUGUAACAUUUUAUGACUUGUGUUGAAGGCCUUCCUUCCUUCCUCGCUGAAGGCUGUGUGUCUUGUUUAACUCUGCCUAGGCGCCCAACCAUAGUGGCAUGGGACAAACGCCCACACAAGCGAAGGCAGAAAAGGGUUGGUCUAUAGUUUGCCCCGUCUAUUUCAUUACUCGUAUGAGGGCUUUGAAUUCAUGUACAUUACACAUACCUCCUAGCUAUUGCUUCAUAGUACAUGGUGCCAUCUUUGAGUCCCAUUGUUGUAUAUGAUGCUGCUGGCGACCUGUAGAUGGCGCGAAUGUUGUUGACAUUUGUGACGUAAUUUUCCUCCAGGAUUUUGAAGGACCAGUAGGUUUGUAAGUUGGUUUGUACGCCGUAUAUUUCUGUAAUAGGGAAAAAUUAAAUAAAAUUGCUUUUCUCCAACUAUGCCAAAAAUGAAUUUAUAAAGAAUAAAAUCAUGAAUAAAUAAGAA